GAUCCUGAAAGUACAGUCUCCACCAAGAUCAUUAAUGGUGGUGGAAGAAAUCCAAUCUUUAAUGAGAAUCUCCGACUUAAUGUUCGUAAGGCUUAUUCCUCUCUCAAAUGUGAGAUAUGGAUGCUAAGCAGGGUAAAAAAUUAUCUUGAAGAUCAAUUGCUAGGGUUUGCUUUGGUGCCUUUGUCUGAAGUCCUUCUCAACAAUGGGAAGUUAGAAAAAGAAUUUUCCCUUUCCUCAACCGAUCUCUUCCACUCCCCGGCAGGAUUUGUUCAGUUAUCCCUCUCUUAUGUUGGGGUGUCGCCUGAUGUGAUUCCAAUUCCUGCAAUACCCACAUCUGUGGCUACUGAUGCAGUCUUGGAGGAUAAAAAAUUACCCACAUCUGUUCCUGACGACUUUGAAAAAAUUGAAUUCCCAGAUCCUAAAGUAGUGACUGAGAAUCAUCAAAUGGUUUCUGAGUAUUUUGGGAUGAAAUGCGGCGAUCAGGACUCCGAGAGUUCAGAAAGCCUGGUUACUUCUGAUACUGAAAAUCAGAUAAGCUCGGAGGUAAGAGUUCAACCCGUGGAAAGUUUCUCAACUGACACUAUCAGUUCCCCUCUAUUACCUAAGCAAGAUUCGCCUCCUAGCAGUGUAUUAAGAAAUGGAACUCCAUCUGCUCCACUUCAUCCGAGCUCUGACUCCUCUAAGAACCCUGCAGAUUCAAAAUCUCCAAACCAGGAAUAUGAUCUGAAAGAGAAAAAUGAUAAUGAUGGAGAUGCUGCGAGUAAUGCAUCUGGUGGCCUGUCGAGAAAUGAAUUUAUAAAGCCUGUUGUGACUGUAAACAUUGAACCAGAGUCGAAGGUGGUGCAGCAAGACAUCGUGGACAUGUACAUGAAGAGCAUGCAGCAGUUUACUGAGUCAUUGGCCAAGAUGAAGCUUCCUAUAGACUACGAAAGUGGGCCAAACAGUUCUGGAAAUUCAAGUACGGAUCAGAAAUCACCGGCAUCCAAGAACUCCAACUCCCGAGUGUUUUAUGGGAGCAGGGCUUUCUUUUGAGCCUUGAUUUGGUUGGCUCAGAGUACACUGGUGAUUUUAUUGAUUAGAGUCGAGACUGAUGCUAGUUGUAACACCAAGCAUAUUAUGUAACGUGGUGUUAAUUAUUGUAAGAUGGGAACGAUUCAGAUGGUGGAAAUGUGUUAAGAGCUUUGUUCUGUUGGAGAUCGUUGUACUUGACUUUUAUUGUUAAACUUUUACUCUUUGCUCUGAUUGUAAUAACUGUGUUAUUUACUUAUUUAUCAACUUUCCUUCAGUAA